AUGCUUUCCUCUGCUUCCAUUGCGACGCCAGAGUUCACAACGCCAACUUCCUCGUCUCCCGCCACCUCCGCCUCUUGCUCUGUCGGAACUGUCGCUGCCUCACCCAGAACUCCUUUUUCAGACCCAGAUCCCUUCCUCACUCCGCCGCAUGCGCCUCCUGCUCCUCGUCGGAGGUGGAGAGUGUUUCUUCGGAGCAAGAGAUGGACUCGAUCUCCUGCUGCUCGUCCUCCAAUCCGUCCAAAUCGGGGACCUCCACUGCGAAUACGGUGGACCAGCAGCAGAGAAGAUCUGGAGCCUGCGAGGGGAAGAUCGGGGCCGUUUUCACGAAUUGGUGCAGGAAGGUGGGUGUGGAGGCGGAUCUGGUGGAGCCGAGGGUGGUCUAGGCAAUGGGAAUGUUGA